ACGUCACUGUACAAAACACCAGCAGUAGGUUGGCCGCUUGUAAACAAUAACAGAGACUUCGUUGGACUGAGCGGACUGCUAAGGAGCGAAGUAUAUGCGGGAAUAGUUUAUCAAAGGCACCGGAUGCGUUGGUCUUGCUAUAUCUAUUUGGUUUAGCUUACUGCACAUUUCAAAGGAAUGGCCUGUCUUAUGGCAGCCUUCUCAGUGAACAAUACUUCGGUGACUAAUUCCAUCAUAAUGAACACCAACGGGCCCCCUGAUUUAAUGCUGGACCCUAGGACUGUGUGUGUAUCCAUUGAUGAUGUGGUGUCAAACCAUGUGGGAGGUCAGCAAACGCCGCUGUUACACGGACACCUCAAAAAAGUGGAGAACAACCUCACAGAAGCACAGAGGUUCUCCUACCUGCCACGCAGACCGGCGGUCAACAUCGAGUUCAAAGACGUCUCCUACUCAGUUCCUGAGGGACCGUGGUGGAGAAAGAAAGGUUACAAGACACUCCUGAAAGGCAUCUCUGGGAACUUCACCAGUGGGAACCUGGUGGCCAUCAUGGGCCCCUCAGGAGCCGGGAAGUCUACCCUGAUGAAUAUCCUGGCGGGAUACAGGGAAACGGGAAUGAAGGGAGAGAUUCUGAUCAACGGGCAGCCUCGCGACCUGCGUUCCUUCCGGAAGGUCUCCUGCUACAUCAUGCAGGAUGACAUGCUUCUCCCUCAUCUAACUGUACAGGAGGCCAUGAUGGUGUCUGCUAAUCUUAAACUCCAGGAAAAAGAUGAGGGGAGGAGAGACAUGGUGAGGGAGAUCCUUACUGCCCUCGGCCUUCUUGAGUGUGCCAAAACACGCACAUCCAACCUAUCAGGUGGACAGAGAAAGCGCUUAGCCAUCGCCCUAGAGCUCGUCAACAACCCGCCUGUCAUGUUCUUCGAUGAGCCCACCAGCGGUCUGGACAGCUCCUCGUGUUUCCAAGUGCUCUCACUGAUGAAGGCUCUGGCCCAGGGAGGACGCACUGUUAUCUGCACCAUUCACCAGCCCAGUGCCAAGCUGUUCGAGCUCUUCGACAAGCUGUAUGUUCUGAGCCAGGGCCAGUGCAUCUACAGGGGAAAGGUGUCCAGCCUCGUCCCCUACCUUAGGGAACUGGGCCUCAACUGCCCAACAUACCAUAACCCAGCGGACUUCGUGAUGGAGGUGGCCUCUGGCGAGUAUGGAGACCAGACUGCCAGACUGGUGAAGGCCGUUCAGGAGAAGAAGUGUGAGAAGGACUACAACACAGAGAUAAACGGACCUCUCAACCCUUUCCUGUGGCACAGGUCUUCAGACGAGGACUCGUCCUCUUCCGAGGGCUGUCACAGUUUCUCCGCCAGCUGCAUGACGCAGUUCUGCAUCCUCUUCAAGAGAACAUUCAUCAGCAUCAUGCGGGAUUCGGUGCUGACGCACUUGAGAAUCAUAUCUCACGUUGGCAUUGGCAUCCUGAUUGGGCUCCUCUACCUGGGGAUCGGCAACGAGGCCAAGAAGGUCCUCAGCAACUCGGGGUUUCUCUUCUUCUCCAUGCUCUUCCUCAUGUUCGCUGCCCUCAUGCCCACAGUGCUGACCUUUCCUUUGGAGAUGGGAGUAUUUCUAAGGGAACAUCUGAACUAUUGGUACAGCUUAAAAGCGUACUUUUUGGCGAAGACCAUGGCAGACGUUCCUUUUCAGGUUGUAUUCCCGGUGGCAUACUGCUCCAUCGUGUACUGGAUGACCUCUCAGCCCCCAGACGCCGUCCGCUUCAUCCUCUUCCUGUCUCUGGGGACGCUGACCUCUCUGGUGGCCCAGUCUCUGGGCCUCCUCAUAGGUGCCGCGUCCACAUCUUUACAAGUGGCUACGUUUGUUGGGCCUGUUACAGCGAUUCCAGUGUUGCUGUUUUCUGGUUUCUUUGUCAGUUUUGACACGAUACCCAAAUACCUCCAGUGGAUGUCAUACAUUUCCUAUGUCAGGUAUGGUUUUGAGGGGGUCAUCUUGUCCAUCUAUGGCCUGGAUCGAGAGGACCUCCACUGCGACGAGGGCGAGACGUGUCACUUUCAGAAAUCAGCGGCCAUUUUAAAGGAGCUGGAUGUAGAGGACGCCAGACUCUACCUGGACUUCAUCGUGCUGGGCAUCUUCUUCGUGACCCUCCGCCUCACCGCCUACUUCGUCCUGCGCUACAAGAUCAACUCCGAGAGAUAGAGAGGGCAGGACUGUGGAGUGGAGCUGGAAGCAUGUGGACACAAGCGGAUACGUUUUGGAUGAGAUGACAAAAAAACUCUGGGAGGCCACCCUUCCUUUGACGUAGCACAAUUUAAAACCACACACGCACACACACAGGCACACAAACACACCACACACACACACACACACACACACACACACACACUGCAUAUAUAUGAGACUGACUUUUUGGGCAACAGCACACAGAGACCCCGGGGGCUUUCGUGCACACAGUCUGCUUUAGUGUUGGACAGGAGGGAAGGGAGGUCUGAAGCACAUUUGAUGUUGACGGGCUCAGCUGGGCAUGGCGGUCUCGGCCUCCACAGAGCCUGUUAUGAAUGUGACAUAAACUUGAAAUGUGAAUCCUCCAUGUAUCGUCCAGUGGAGGACUAUGCACUUUUCACUGCCCUCCCCCCCCACCCCCUCCAAAAAAAAGGGAACACCCUCAAUGUGCAUGGGGUUUGUACGUAAAUAUAGGCUCUUCUCUUUGUCUUGGAUGCUAGAUAAGGCAUUAGCUAUGAACUCCGUCCCUUUUAUAUGAAUUGAUGACGUAAGUGACAAUGUGCUCAGAUAGCAUGAUGGGACCACUGUAAGGGAAGAGCUGGACUCUUCUUGGUCAGAUAAACAGCACUUUUAGGCAAAAUCUAGGUAGUUACAACCCCCAGACUACACACUGCUUGUGGUGGCACAAAAGAGUUGUCUGGAAACCAAAUCAGCAGUGACCAAUCAAAAUGACAUUUGCUUGAGAGUAUACGGCUUGGUUCUUUCUAGUUUGGUUCAUAGCACAAAGCUGACCAAAAGGCAAUAGCACCUAACUCACAGGGAAACAGAGAGUUAGUGAAUGUAUGAACAAUUAUCUCUGUUGACUUGCUGCAGCCUGAUGACAAAAAGCCACUUCUUCACUCAACCUUUUGAAAGUUCAAAAAUACGUAAGAAUGCAAUUUGUAUGCAUUGUUUCCUAAAAGCUUAAACUGCACAUUAGUCAAGGAGGUGUGACACAUUGUCUUGAAUAAAGAUUUUGGAGUGAUUUGACCCAAGUGGCAUGGUGCAUCUUUACACAUAUAAUUGGUCUAAGAAUUGAAUUCCCCUUCUUUAUUUACCGUCGGUUUCCUGGUGAAAUUGCAUGGCAGCUUUGUUUUUGUUUACUUUAGUUCAAGUAGAAUUCAGGCUGGCCAGACUUGUAAACCUCAAGAGUAUUCGGAAAUACCAAAUGGGGAAACAAAAACUUACACAAAAUGAACCACUAAUCAAAACAUCCAUGGAAACGGCAUUACUGAACAAAAAAUUGUAAGUAAGCCAAUUGUGUGUCGUCAACCUUUUGGUCAACCAAUCAGCUUAAAAUCUGCUUAUUUCUACAGUGGUUUACAACUGUGGUCAGGAAAUAUUUUCUUUUGUAUGUCUUUUAUUUCACUGUUCCACACUGCCUUUUAUCCCCUGUGAUAAGCAUUCAACAAACACAGACAGAAAGACUGUGAACCCAUGGAUUUUGACAUAUACAAACUUCAUAAGUUCAACCCAACAAUGUCCAUUACAUUGAUUUUGCAUUUUUAUUUGUCUAAAUUUGAUAUGAGCUGCGUAUGAGUCUUCAAACCAAUGACUGAUCUCAAGCUGACAGGGAAUAUCACAGUGAAGGGGUUGAUAGUAAAGUUAAAACAUUAAGAGUGAAAAUAUACUGCGGAUUUGUCUUUUCAUUAGUUUUUCUUCAUCUUUUCAGUGCAUAAUAAAGUAUGGCCAGUGUCAUUCGCUGUGAUGGGACACGCUAAUGGCUUUAAAGUAUAAUUAGGUAUUUGCAUAAACUACUCCAAGGGAUCAAAUGGAAUUCCAUGUAAACUUAAGAUAUACACCAUUAAGCAAGCAUCAAUGCAAAUGUCUAGUGUGCUUAUGAUAAAUAUGACUCUUUUUUUAUUAUUAAUUGUGUGUAAUAUGUUACGAUUUUACAUAAGACUAUCUCCUACCCAUGUAGGUCCCCAGAACCUUACUGUGAACAUAUUGCGAUGUUUAUUUAAUUUAAGCUGUAACUUCAGUGUUAUGAAGCUGUUAUGAGUACUCCUUUGGUAUAUAUAUUUUACUGUGGACCUUCAUGUGAAAUCAAGAGUUUAUGCCAUGUACAGUAAUUCUAUGUGUAAAAGCACCCUUGGGUUGAUGGGCUCAAAUCAAAACUCGCAAAGGAGUAUUUUAGGAUAUGGGGCAUUAUUUUUGUAUUUGUUUUUUUCUUCCAGUUUCCCUUUCUUUAAAAAUGGCUCAACAACAAAAGAAAAAAACAUUGUAUCUGUCAAGGAUGGUGUAUUUUAUUAUUAUUUUGUUUUCCGGUGUUCAAAUAUGGGAUUCAUAUAGAUUCUGAACAUUUGAUGUAAGUUAAACCUGUGAUGUUAUUUCUUGGUAGAUGAAUUAAUAAAUAUAUGAUAUUUUCCAAA